AAACGAAAAUGAGUUACAGCCGAAAUUAGUCUGAAUUUGUCAUACAACGCAAAUAUACUUUGUAGUCACCUACACCUAUAAGAUGUUUUUGUACUUAUUCGCGGUUCUGUUGUUAUACAUUGUCUGGAAACUGAGGGACUAUUUCCAUUUCAAGGAGUUGAAAAAUUUCAGCACAACCUCAACGCCAAUCAUUAAAACCUCCUUCAACAUAGCCUAUCAAUCGCAAGAAGGAAUUUUCAAAUUUCCCCGCAAAUGUGCCGAUCAGUUUCAGACGUCAUACGUUCACUGGUUCUUCGGGCUGUGGUCAUUUGAAGUGUGUAGGGCAAAGGAGGUGGAACGAAUACUCGGAUCGGCAAAGCACAUCGACAAAAGCGACAUAUACAAUUUGCUGAAUCCAUUCCUAAAAACGGGAUUGCUAACUAGUAAUGGCGAAAAGUGGCACAGCCGACGAAGGAUGCUAACAUCGGCCUUCCAUUUCGAAAUAUUGAAAGAAUACUUGGAAGUGUUUCGGGAGGAAAGUGACCGAUUAGUGUUAUCUCUGCGAGAGACAAUUGGGGCCGAAGUGAAUAUAGUUCCGAUUGUAACUCAAUUCACGCUGAACACAAUAUGUGAAGCGGCUAUGGGCGUUAAGCUGAGUAGCUUGGGCAAUGAUGGAGUUGUUUAUCGAAAGAACAUAUACGAAGUGGGAAAACUGCUGCUUUCACGACUGCUGAAGCCAUGGCUGAUGAGAGAUUUUAUUUACUCGCUGCUUGGACACAGAAAGCAGCUAGAUGAAGUUCUCAAGCCGGUUCUCGAAUUUACCAAGUCUAUCGUUGCGCAAAGGAAGUUCACUUUUUCCGACGAUUCGUCUGGGGGAAGGGCUCCGGAAGAAGAAGUUGAUUGCAAUGAGAACAUCUAUUUCCGCACAAAGAAGCGGUACGCAAUGAUGGACACCUUGUUGCAGGCCGAACGCCAAGGAUUGAUCGACGAAGAUGGAAUUAUUGAAGAAACGGAUACGUUCACUUUCGAGGGACACGAUACCACAUCCGCAGCCAUUUCGUUUAUAAUCCUUCUCUUGGCCCAUCAUCCAGAAGCUCAAGAGGCGAUUUUGGAGGAAAUUCGCGAUGUUGUUGACACGAAGCAUGACCUGACGAUCGACGACUUCAACAGAUUCGAGUACAUGGACCGUGUGAUCAAGGAGUCAAUGCGCAUUUAUCCUCCAGUCCCUUUUAUCAGUCGAAAAUUGUCAGAAGACUACCAACAUGAUGGAUUUGUACAACCAGAAGGAACUCUUGUUAACAUCCACAUCUUUGAUGUUCAUCGCGAUCCGGCUAUCUUUCCCGAUCCAGAAAAGUUCGAUCCAGAUCGCUUCCUUCCGGAGAACUGUGCUGAACGAAGUAAUUUUGCGUUUAUUGCCUUUUCAGCUGGCAUGCGCAACUGUAUCGGGCAACGUUUCGCCAUGCUCGAAUUGAAAAUGGUUGUGACGAAACUAAUCCGAAAUUUUAAAAUUUUGCCAGUGACCAGGCGCGAGGAAGUUGUUUUCCUGGCUGAUCUGGUUCUGCGUCCAAGAAAUCCAAUCAAAAUUAAAUUCGUUUCACGAACCUAACGAAAAGAC